CAUUUUCUUUCCUUAGAGAUUUGAAUAUAUACAAAAAAGAAGAAAAUCUUCAGAAUUCAACGAUGAGAUGUUUUCUUUGCGCUUUACAUACAAUUUAGGCAUUUAGCAAAUCUAGGAAGAUUCUUCUUUGCCGGUGCAAGAUGUUAAAGAGGUUUGACAGCUAUAUGGUCAAGUUGCGCUGCGACAAGAGUCCUUAUGACUGUUGUGUCUACAUGAGCAAGGUGGAGGAUAAGUCAUAUAUCUACCUGGUGCUGUAUGUAGACGACAUGCUGAUAGCUGCCAAGAAGAAGUGUGAUGUUCAGAAGCUGAAAGAGCAACUGAGUUCUGAGUUUGAGAUGAAAGAUUUGGGUGAUGCAAGGAAGAUUCUAAGAAUGGAGAUCUUCAGGGAUAUGACAAAGAAGAAGCUGUUCUUGUCACAAAAGGCCUACAUUUAAAAGGUCUUGACAAGAUUCGGGAUGCUUAAUGUUAAACCUAUCGAUAAUCCACGUGCUGCAAAUUUUCAUCCUACCAUGAGUGAUGAAAUGUCUGAAGGGGAAAUCGAUUAUAUGUCACGUGUUCCUUAUGCUAGUGCUGUAGGAAGUUUGAUGUAUGCUAUGGUUUGCACAAGACCAGAUCUUGCACACGCAGUCAGUGUUGUGAGUAGGUUCAUGGUUCAGCCGCGAAAGGAGCACUGGAUCGCUGUGAAGAGGAUUUUCCGGUACCUUAAGUGUACAUCUGAUAUUGGUCUUGUCUAUGGAGACAAGGAUCCGAGACUGGUUACUGGGUAUUCUGAUUCAGAUUAUGCAGGAGAUGUGGACAGCAUGAGAUCUAUGACUGGUUACGUAUUUACUUUGGGUGGUUCUGUUGUGAGCUGGAAGGCGAUUUUGCAGUCGACAGUGACUUUGUCUACAACUGAGGCAAAAUAUAUGGCAUUGACAGAAGCUGCUAAGGAGGCAAUAUGGUUGAGAGGAUUGGUCAGUGAUCUUGGUCUUCAUCAUGAUCAGGCUACUGUGUUUUGUGAUAGCUUAAGUGCGAUCUGCUUAGACAAGGAUCAGGUUCAUCAUGAGAGAACCAAGCAUAUCGAUGUAAGAUACCAUUUUCUGAGAGAUGAGAAGAGGAUUGAAGUGAAGAAGGUAGGAGCAGCUGAUAAUCCUGCGGAUAUGUUCACUAAGCCGGUUCCUCAUAGCAAGUUCAAGCAUUGUCUUGAUUUGCUAAACAUCUCAAGCUGUUAAAUCUGGCCCUGAUGGGCGUUUGGCCCUGAGGGGCAUCUGGCUCGAAGAGAGCAUCUGGCUCAAGUGAGGGCAUCUGGCUCUGAGGAGCAUCUAGUCCGACGGGACAUCUGACAUCUGAGUUUGACGGAACAUCUGAGCAAAGAGAGAGUCUGGUACAUCUGUAUUCUGAGCACGAAGAAGUGCAUUCUAGUACAUCUGAUUAUGGAGAAUUCAAGUCAAGGUGGAGAUUUGUUGAAUAAUGACUUGAAUUUGUUGGGCCUUAGUCUUUUGAGGCCCACUAGUGCUAGAGUUUUUCGGGACACAACUAUAUAUAUUUUGUGCCUCCUCUAAACCUAGUUAGCAGCCGUAGAAAAACUAGAUCUGAUUUUCUUGUGGACAGAUUUCUGUAAUUCCUCCAUCAAUAAAAUAUCUCUUUGCCCGUGGACGUAGCCGUUAGGAGUGAACCACGUUAAAUCUCUGUGUCUUUCUUUAUUGUUUAUCCAUCUGUUAAUCUAUAUCUUCUCACAUCCGUCCGGAUAAUUCUAUUUUAUUUCGGAGCCAAAUCAAAGGCAACAGAAGAGCUCAGAUAAUUCUAUCUCUUUACGUUAUCGAUUUUUAAGACAUCCCACAUUUACUCCCUCCUGGUGCUGCCACAUGAGAUGCCAGAUAGAUAAGUAAACACUUCUCAUUGCGACACGAGUCAAGGUAAGCAAACGCACCGUUUCAUUUUCAUGUUCCCGUGUUGUGUUUGGGCUUUAACGUUUUACUCUACAAAUCGAACUCAAUACAAAAGACGAGUUUCGUCUUCUCCAAAGUACAGCCACCAAAAUCUAGGGUUCGUGUUUUGCUUAGAUCGUCAAGACCAGUUACGUUCUUCUUCCUUCUUUGACACCAAAGUGUGGUUCUGUAGCACCAACGAUUCGUCUAUGUGAUCCCGACUCAGUCUGCAUUGCGGCUGUGUCAGCGAUCUCUUCUCAAUGCACAGAUCAUAGUGGCGUUGUGUCUUGCAGCGGCGAUCGAUGCUGUGGAGGAUCCGGUUCGGUUAAGGCAUGUGUUUCUUUCUAGGCUGAAGAGAGGUGAUGAAUCAGAAGAUGAACAAACCUGACUUUGUAGUAGGUAUCAUAAUUUUCCAAGAUCUGUUAUCGUAUUAUAUUUUUUCUGGAUUCGUAGUUCACUAAACAACUUACUAGAUCAUUGGCCCAACGUUAAUUGGAAAGUAUCCAACUCAACAUACUUUGAUUGGUUGGUUCCCCCCUCAUAUUCAUCAUCAAAUUGCUUUCUGCAGUCUCCAAUCUAAUAGUCCUAAGGAGAAGAAGAGAUACGGCCAUAAACAAGCAUUGGAUAUUGACGAGGCAAACACCGUCUCUAUCACCGUCAAUCAUCUGCCACCUCGAAUCAGUUUAGGACUUUACUAGGAUUCUGGAGUUGAGUUUUUGUUUGCUUGCUAUGUGAUACUUGAUGUAAUCUUUGCUUGAGACUGCUCCUACUUACGAAUUAUAUGAUUCCAGUCACUGUGAUGUGUUUGCCUGAGUGUUUAAACACGUCCUGUCUAUUUCUAUAGCAAUGUGAUACUCGAGAAGAAACGUUCUAUGUUUUAUGUUACUAAAGUGAUCUGAAGCUUUGUUUCUUUUCUC